AUGAAUGUUGGUGAAUGAUAUGAUGAAUAGGGAGUAUAUGAUCUGAGUACAAAAAGUUUAUAAUUUUGGUGUCUAAAAUAUGGAUACCCUUCGUCUUUAUCUUCUUGUUCCUUUUAUAGGUGGUUGUCCGUGAAUUGUAAAGUCAUCUGCAUCGGUAGAAAAAGUUUCAGUUUCUCAAAAAAAUUAUUUUUUUUUUUUAUUUUUCAAAAUCAUUUGAACCAUUAAUAAAGAGACAGUUGCAGAACCAACCAAUCAAAAAUAUUUUUAUCACAAAUCCAUUCUUCUUUUUUACUUUCUCUUUUUUCCUUCUGAAAUUUUUUAUAUUUUUAUAUUUGCUAGAAAUGGUGGAAGAACUUUCACUCCGCAUGCCCUAUCGGAAGAUAUAUGGUGUCUAUUUAGCACCAUCAAUGCCUCUUUAAUGAUUUGAUCAAAAAACAAUGAUCUGAUCUCCUUUAUGUUUUUGGUUGACCGGUUAUUUUUGCGUUGACUUUCUCCAUAACCUAUAAAGGCUUCGAAUGGUAUGCAGAUCAAAAAUAUGCAGAUCAAACACAAAAUGCAGAUCAAGCAGAAUAAAUGCAGAUCAAGCAGAAUAAAUGCAAAACAAAUACAGUUCUAACUGUUUAAACUAAUUUACGAAUUAGCAUAUUUGACUAAAUGUUAAAAAUAAUUUUGUAAGCUAAAUAUCUAAAAUACAAAUACAAACGAAUAUCUACUUGUACAGAACAUGUUAAUUUUUAUUGUGUAUUACUGAAUAUUAAUUUUUAACUUAUUUCUAAUAAAUUAAAGUUUUCAUAAUUUAUUUAAAAACAAAUAACAAUGUACCUUGAUUUUUAUAUUUUAUUGGAUAUACUUUGAUUUUUUUUUAAUAUUAGAAAAAAUAGUGUGCAUAAAAUCAUUCUACAGAAAAAUUAUAUAAAUUUUGAACAGGACUGGGCAAAAUAUCUGUAAAUUUUGAUUCGAUUCAUUAUCCAUUUCGAUUCGAACCGAAAAGUAGAGAUAUCCGUAAGAAACAAAGUAAAUCACAAAUAUUAAUAUUAAUAUUUUUAAGAACAAAUAUCUUGUCUGAUCCGUUAUAUGCAUAUAUACAUAUAUUUAAGGAAUUAUACAUAAGUUAUAUAAAUAUUAUAUUUUAUAUAAGUUUUACAGUAUUUUAUUUACUGAAUGGUUAAUUAUUCAUUAGAAUUUUAAAAAGUAAAUAAAUUUUUAUUUUAUAAUAAAAUAUUAUUAUUUUAUAUUAUUUUUCAAUUGUUAUUUAUUUUAUAAUUUUUAUUUAUUUUACGGAUAUAAUAGGAUAUCCGGUCAAAAUCUACAAUUUUCCGGAUAUCCGGAACAUAUAAUAUCAUGAUGGGCACAGAUUGAAUCCGAACAAAUAAUUGAUUAUUCUGAAGAAACGGAUCGGAUCACGAAUAUUUCUAAAAACCCGGAUAUCCGAUUUAUGUCCACCCUUAUUUCUGAAUAUGUAAAUUAUAUAUAUACAAGUGUUUAUCAAAUUUAAUAAUAUUUAAUAUACAUAUAUAUCAUUUUUAAAUAUUUGCAUAAGAAAAUUCAUCUUAAAUUUGUUAUAAAAAACAAAAAAAAACUUACACUUAAAGAGGAAUUGUAAUUUGUGAAGGAAAGAAAUAAUGUAAUAUAAAAUAUUGAUAAGUAAAGGAGAAAAGGUAGUCGUUUAAAAAAAAAAUCAAAGAAAACUUUUCAUUGGGCUCCUGUAUUCGACCAGUCCACUUUUCCCUAUUACAUGCAGAUCAGUUUUUUUGUCACAUAAAUUUUGUUGCAUGCAGUUUUCUUAAUUUUUUAAUACUAUAAUUUCUUCUGCACUUUUAAUGGUGAUUGGAAAGUGCAUAUCAAUCUGCAUAUUAUUUUUUCCUGCGUUUGUACUGCAUUCAUACUGCACUGCAUUCAAACCCAAAGAGACUUCGUUCUUCUUUGAUUUGUUAUUUUAUUAAUGAGUCUUUUGAUUUGGGACAGAUUUUUGAACCGGGUUUGAAGUGGGAUAGAUGACUGGAUGGCAUUAUGGUUAUUAUGAACCGUUUAAUUUUUGUACUUUACAUGUUUUUAUUUGAAAACAAAAAAUAAAUUGAAAUAUUUAUCCAAUGAAAACAAAAAGUGAAAAGGGAAUUUCCUUUUUCUUUGACCAAACUAAGCCGGAGAAGGAAAACACCAAAACUGAGCAGGAGCAGGAAAAAAAACCUAAAAAAUUCUCUCUGUAUAAAGAGAUUAUAAUUUGCUUUUACAAAAACAAAAAUUUCUCUCGAGGCUCCUUGGUUUUGAAAAAAAGCUUGAAACAUGAGAAUCCUCCGCAGGGAUUUUGUUCGUGAUGGACCAGGAAGCGCUAAACUGAUGGCGGAGGACUCGGAUGAUCUCUGGUUUACUUAUAACUUAAUUGGCCCCGGCGAUAGUGUAAUGGCUGUCACAUCGAGAAAGGUUCUGAGAGAGAGAGGAAAUUCUAAACGUGUAGACUCUGAACGUGUUGACUCUAAACGUGAAGACUCUGACUCUGAUCAACGUGUUGACUCCAAAAAACGUGUAGGCUCUAAAAAACGUGGUGACUCUAAAAAACGUUUAGACGCUGAGCUUGACGACUCUAAACCUCUAGUGUCUGAACGUCUGACACUGAAGCUAGAAGUACAAGUUGAGGAGGUAAACUAUGACAAAGACGGUGGUGUUUUGCGCAUACUUGGGACGAAUAUCCUUGAGAACGAGCACGUACCGCUUGGUGCAUACCAUAGUUUGGAGCUCGUGCUGAAACGACGUUUUCUAUUGAGGAAAAAAAUAUGGGACUCAUUGGCUAUUGAUACACUCAACCAGGCAAAACAUCGUAUCUCCAGUGAUGAUUUAGCUGUAGUUCUAAUGCAAGAAGGACAUGCACAAAUCUUCCUUGUCGGAAAAAGUGUGGGUGCACCAAUAGAAACAUCAAUUCCUAAUCGUAAGCAUGCUGGUUACGAGGCUGCUUUGAAGAAAUUCUUUGAGAACGUUGUGCGUGCCUUUGUGAAACACGUUGACUUCAGUGUCGUUCGGUGUGUAGUGAUCGCAAGUCCUGGCUUUACAAAGGAUCAGUUUCAUCGCCACUUGUUGUUGGAAGCAGAGAGAAGACAGUUGAAACCUAUUACUGAGAACAAAUCACGUAUACUUCUGGUGCAUGCAAACUCCGGAUAUAGACAUAGCCUUGGAGAGGUUCUGUGUGACCCCAAAGUGAUGAAGAUGAUCCAAGAUACAAAAGCAUCGAAAGAGGUGAGCGCUUUCAGGGAUUUCUUCACCAUGUUCGAAAAGGAUCCAUAUCGGGCAUGCUACGGACCGAAGCAUGUGGAGUUUGCUCAUGAACAAAAGGCAAUCCAAACACUUCUCAUUACAGAUGAGCUGUUUAAAAAUUCUGACGUGAAAGAAAGGAAGAAAUAUGUGGAUUUUGUGGAGUCGGUGAAAAAAUUAGGAGGAGAGGCUUUUAUAUUUUCUUCGAUGCAUGUUUCAGGUGAACAACUGGCAAUGCAUACUGGAAUUGCAGCUCUUCUCAGGUUCCCUUUACCAGGUCUCGAUGACGUUGAGAUGUAAAGAUAUUCUCGAUUUUAGAAAACAAUAGGCCUAGUUAUAGUACUAGAAUAAGGGAGUUUGAUCUAGCUCGAUUUUUUAUUUAUUCUGUUUUACAAAAUUAGAUAUUAUAUUGAAACCGUUUCUGUUAUGGCUUAAAUUGAUUUGAAUAUGAUUCAUUCAGUUCUUGAGUUCCAAAUGUUUUCUCAUUUUGUGGACCAACAGUGCUUAGAGAUUCAAAGAUUUGUUUACUUAAUCAUACAAUCUCCACAUGAUAUAUAACCAUGUUUUGGUUUCACUGGGACGAUAUUGUUGAAAAAUAUAUUUUGAAAAUUAUCUAGUUUACAUAUAGCUACACCACUUUAUAAUACUAUUUAACUAAAUCAUAUAAGUAUACUGGUUACUGGAAAUAACGUUUAUAAUAAAAUCAAACUAUAUUCCUUAUUUCAGUUUGGUGUAGGUCAGUUUAAUCAGAUUUUUGUCAUAUUAAAAAAUUUAAACACUAAAACCAAAAAAAAAGGAUAAACGGUAGGGCAAAUCUCCAAAAUAGCACAUUUCUAAGUUUAUAUCACAAAAAUAGCCCUCAAAAACUAAAAUGACAAAAAAUAGCAAUUUAUAUUUUGAAAAAUUUAAAUUUUUUUUAUUUUUCAAAAAUUUGAAAUCUUAUCCCAAAACCCCACUCCCCAGCUCUAACCCUUAAAAC